AGAGAAUAUAGGUCUUUUACGUGUUUGAAGCGUGAGGAAUAGCCGGUAGUUUAUUCGUCUGGUCUUAUUGCUAUACUAAUAUAACUUAUAUAAAAUAUAAAUUAUAAAAUAUUAUUUGUUCGUUAAACCAUGGCGACCAGUCUCCGAGGACUUCGUAGAUUAAAUAUUUCUCUGGCAAAUAGUGCAUUUUUUAAAUAUAAUUUUAUAAAUGUUGGGGUUCGGUCUAUGUAUACGGAACGAGACUUAGGCGUAUCACUGUAUGAGAAUACGAGAUACGUAUUUCGCAAUCAGUUUAUGACGAUAGAAAAUGUAUUUCGUGAAAAAAUGCAGGAAAUAUGUCAGCAUGAGGAUGGAGUGAUAUAUACAGAAGAUUUAAAAGCAAUGAUACAUUUAGCACAACCUAAUGAAAAUGAUAUGCAACUGUUAAAUGUUAUGUUAGAGAAGUAUAUUCAGAAUCAAGAAGAAAAGAAGUUUGGUAAAUACAUAUUUGGACCAGUCGUAAUGAGAAUGUAUUAUCAUUUGAAUCAACCAGAAUAUGCCUUAGGGGCAUUUAAUAAUGAUGCAAUAAAAGAUAGCUUUAAUUACCGCACAUCUUUCCGCAUUUUAAUGUGUUUGUUAUAUAAAAAUAAUAUGUAUAAAGAAAUGAGAGAGAUAUACCAGAAAGUUUUGGAUGCGGAAGGUAUGGAAUACAUUGGGAGCUCUGUCGUCUUAAUAUAUGCAGCAUGUCUGAAGGAGAAUACUCCAGAGGCAGUAGAAUUUGCAUUAGAUCAUUGGAAACAUCAGCAAAAUACAAUGAAGCCUUCCAUAAGAAGUUCUGCAUUAUUAUCAUAUUUACUGAUUAAAAAUAAUAAACCUGAACUGGCUAUGGAAAUAUUAAGCGCAAUACCAUUAGAGAGAGUUAUAUCUAUUAAGAAUCUUAAAAUGUUGGCAUAUAUUCAUUUGGGAAAAUAUAUACAAAUAAUUCCUAUCUUGAAAUAUGGAACAGAUCGAGAUACUAAUCGCAAUAAACAGUACUAUUUUUUCUCUGAAGUGAUAGAUAAACUGGAAGAAAAAUUGAAGACAGAAGAAGUAGAAGAAAGCAAGCAACUAUCUUCUUUAAUAGAAAUAGCGAGACAGCAUGAUUAUAUUCAAAGCAAUUGUACUUUAGAAGAAUUUAUACUAAAGCCAAUGACGUUUUCAAGAAGAUACAAAGAAAGCUCAGGCGAACAGAGAAGAUACUACCCAGAUAAGAGAAGUGAAUCUAAAAGUUAUAUGUAAUGCACUUUUUUAAUUCCUUCAUCAAUAAUUAAUUACAUAUGAUUUUAUCAAUUUUGUUAAUGAGGAAUAUUUUCCAUCAACGGACUGUGCAGUCAAGUUGUAUCGUUGCCUGAUAAGUAAAAUGUUUUAUCUAUACUUUUUAGAUAUAGUUACUGUAUAGAAUGUAAUUUUAUGAAGUAAAUAAAAUAAGUUCAGAAAAAUGUAAAAGAUUGAA